CAAGUCCGCAUCGCGGAGCUUUCAAAGCUCUCUCUCACUCUCCCCACGAACGCAGCUUUCAAUCGUGUCGAAUCGGCUCGCGAGGCAGCACGUACGUUUUCGGCCAUUGCCAUUUACGCAAGUCUCUGGUUCAUCCCGCGCGGGUGUUUUUGUUUUCUCCGCGAUCCGCCGGUGAAAUUGUGAAUUCGCGUUUCUUUCCCCCGCCUUCGGUUUCGUUUGGUGCCCCGAGUGUUUUGUUUUUUUUUUUUGCUCGUCUUGUUUUGGCCGCGAUGGAGGGACGCUACUUCGGCACUUAAUAGACAGAUUCCCCCCGUCUAUAAAAAACUCUAGCCUCCCGCGCUGUCACAUCGCCGUUGGUCGCGUCCCCGCCACCGAGACACGGUGCCCGAGGCGGGCCCCGCCACCAUGGCAGGGGCGAUCUUUUGCCUGCUGGCCAUAGCCCUGGCGGGGGCGGCGGCCGCGGGCCACCAGCCCGGCAGCGACGCCGCCGGCCACUACCUGAGCUUUUCGUCGGGGACGCCGGCUGCCAGGUGCCCCCGGGGCUGUUCUUGCGUCUCCACCACCGUCGACUGUUCGCACCGGGGACUCGCGACGGUCCCGAGGUCGAUACCACAUGAGACGGAAAAAUUGGAUUUGCAGGGCAACAACCUGACGGCCAUUUACGAGACGGAUUUCCAGGGCUUGAGCAACCUGCGAGUUUUGCAAAUGUCCGGCAACGACAUACGGACGAUAGCCAAGGACGCGUUCCAGGAUUUGACGAAACUCGAGCGACUACGCUUGAACGGAAAUCGGGUGGCAAAGUUGCCGGACAACUUGUUCGCUACUUUAUCUAAUCUGGUCCGUUUGGACCUCAGCCACAACCACCUAACGGUCGUCGGCAAGAGAACGUUUAGAGGACCGGCAGGCCUAAAGAACUUGCAACUGGACAAUAACCGGAUCACGUGCGUCGACGCCAGUGCCCUAAAAGGUGCCAAAGACCUGGAGGUGCUGACCCUCAACAACAACAACCUCACGUGGCUGAGCAAGGAAGUGUUCGCAGCCGCGUUCCGACUGCGCACGCUGCGCCUGGCAGACAACCUGCUGCACUGCGACUGUCAGCUGGCGUGGCUCGCGCGCUAUCUGCGUCACUCGCCGCGCCUAGCGCAGUACACCAGGUGUCACUCGCCGGGCCACCUCAAAGGCCAAAGUCUGGUCGACCUGCAAGAGCACGAGUUCAAGUGUUCGGGCCUCGCUGAACAGGCGAUCGACGGCGAGUGCGUCAGCGAACCGCAGUGUCCGCAUCCGUGUCGCUGCGCGGACGGUAUCGUCGACUGUAGGGAGAAGGGACUGACCAAGGUACCGGACCACCUUCCGGAGAACACGAUCGAAAUACGGCUCGAGCAGAACGAGAUCGCGCACGUGCCCACCAAAGCGUUCUCUGGCUAUAAACGACUACGCAGAAUCGACCUUAGCAACAACAAGAUAUCCAAGAUAGCGCCGGACGCGUUCCAAGGGCUCGGCGCGCUGACAUCCCUGGUACUCUAUCGCAACAAAGUCAAGGAGCUGCCGGCCGGCGUGUUUCAAGGCCUCUACUCGCUGCAGCUCCUGUUACUUAACGCCAACGAAAUCUCCUGCAUUCGACGCGACACGUUCAAGGACCUGCACAGCGUCAGUCUCCUGUCGCUCUACGACAACCAUAUCCAGUCACUCGCGAACGGCACUUUCGACUCGCUCCGCAAGAUCCAAACGCUGCACCUGGCCAAGAACCCGUUCAUAUGCGACUGCAAUCUCAAGUGGCUCGUCGAGUAUCUCCACAUCAACCCGAACCUGGAGUCGUCGGACGCUCGGUGCGAGAGCCCGAAGCGAAUGCAGCGUAAGAAAAUCGCGUGGUUGAAGGACGAAAAGUUUAAAUGUCAAGAGGAUUUCCGCACUCGCUACGCGGGCGACUGCCUCAUCGACGGCGACUGCCCGGCCGGGUGCUCUUGCGACGGUACCGUCGUCGACUGUUCCGGUCGCGGGCUCAAAGAGAUCCCCAGGGACGUGCCGCUCUACACCACCGAGCUAUUGCUGCACAACAACGAGCUGGGCCGCAUCAAGUCGGACGGCCUCUUCGGAAGGCUUCCCAAUCUGGUGAAGCUCGACCUCCGGCGGAACCAAAUCACCGGCAUCGAGGAGAACUCGUUCGAGGCGGCAUCGAAAAUAUCCGAACUGCUCUUGUCAGAAAAUAAGCUCAUCGAGGUGCACAACAAAAUGUUCCUCGGUCUGCACAAUCUCAAGUUGCUUUCGCUUAACAACAACCACAUCACGUGCGUGAUGCCCGGCUCCUUCGACCACCUGCGCUCGCUCCACACGCUGAACCUCGUCCAAAACCCGUUCGUGUGCAACUGCCACUUGGCUUGGUUCUCCGAGUGGCUCAAGUCGAAUGGUCUGAGUGGCUCGGCGGCGAGGUGCGCCGCCCCCGAACGCGUCCGCGACGUCCCGAUCAAGGAACUGCCCAAGACGGAAUUCAAGUGCAGCAGCGACAACGAUCAAGGCUGUCUCGGCGACAACUAUUGCCCGCCCAAGUGUUCGUGCACGGGCACCGUAGUCCGGUGCUCGCGGGCCAACCUCAAGGAGAUCCCGCGCGGCAUCCCGCCCGAAACGUCCGAGCUCUAUCUGGACUUUAACGAGAUCGAGCGCAUACAGGCGGACCGGCUCGGUCACCUCAAGUCGCUUACUAGGCUUGACCUGAGCACGAAUAAGAUCGGCAUGCUCGCCAACGGCUCCUUCUCUAAUCUGUCCAAGCUCUCCACGCUCAUCAUCAGUUACAACCGGCUGCAGUGCGUGCAGCGCGACUCUUUGCAGGGACUCCAGUCGUUGAGGAUACUGUCGUUACACGGCAAUCAAAUCUCCUUGAUCCCGGAAGGCACCUUCGCCAAUCUAAAGUCCAUCAGUCACAUCGCUCUGGGAUCCAACCCCUUAUACUGCGACUGUUCGCUGAAGUGGCUCUCGGAUUGGGUCAAAGUGGACUACGUGGAGCCUGGUAUCGCUCACUGCGCAGAGCCACCGCCCAUGAAGGACAAGUCCAUACUGUCCACACCUUCGGCUGCGUUCGUUUGCAAGGGUCAAGUAAGCAGCGACAUACUGGCCAAAUGCGACGCGUGUUACACGUUCCCGUGCCAAAACAACGGCAAGUGUCUUACGCUGCCCGAACGCGACUACGAAUGCAAAUGCUCGCCCGGCUACCACGGCAAAAAUUGCGAGUUCAUGAUCGACGCGUGUUACGGCAACCCGUGUCGCAACGGCGGCGCGUGCAAAGUGCUCGAGGAGGGGCGGUUCAGUUGCCAGUGUCCCGCGGGGUUCACGGGUCUGCGCUGCGAGACCAACAUCGACGACUGCGUCGACAACGAGUGCCAGAACAACGCGACGUGCGUCGACCUCGUCGACGCGUACCGGUGCCGGUGCCCGGCCGGUUACAUGGGCGACCAUUGCGAAAAGAAAAUUCCCUUUUGUACAGGACUAUUUAACCCUUGCAAAAAUAACGCUCGCUGUGUCGAUCACGAUACUUAUUACACUUGCGAGUGUAUACCCGGCUUUAAGGGCGAGAACUGCUCGAUCAACGUCGACGACUGCGAGAACCACAUGUGCCAGAACGGCGCCAUCUGCGUCGACGGCGUGAACGAGUACGUGUGCCAGUGCGCGGGCGACUACGCCGGCAAGUUUUGCGAAAUUAGCCCGCUGGUGGCGAUGAUGUACCCGCAGACGUCGCCGUGCCAACACCACGACUGCGUACACGGCGUGUGCUUCCAGCCGUCCGGCUCUAACGACUACGUGUGCAAGUGCGCCCCCGGCUACUCCGGCAAACGAUGCGAGUACUUGACCAGCCUCAGUUUCACACACAACACGUCCUACGUCGAACUGGAACCGUUGCGCACCAAACCGGAGGCGAACGUCACCGUGGUGUUCGCCACGACGCAAGAGGACGGCGUGCUGAUGUACGACGGCGAGCACGAACACCUCGCCGUCGAGCUCUUUAGCGGCCGCAUCCGCGUCAGCUAUAACGUGGGCAACUAUCCCGUAUCGACAAUGUACAGUUUCGAGAUGGUGUCCGACGGCCAGUACCACGUCGCGGAGCUGAUCGCCGUCAAGAAGAAUUUCACGCUACGCGUAGACAGGGGCCUCGCGCGUAGCAUCAUCAACGACGGCCCGAAAGACUACCUACGGCUGACAUCGCCCAUGUACCUAGGCGGAAUACCGCCGGAACCGGGCCAGCUCGCUUUCUCCGAGUGGCACCUGCGCAACCUCACUAGCUUCCACGGCUGCAUGAAGGAGGUGUGGAUCAAUCACAAACCGGUCGAUUUCGGCAACGCGAAAACGCAACAGAAGGUGCAGCCUGGCUGCGGCACGGUAGAGCAAGACAAGGCGGACGACGACGAGCGGCAGGAGGACGAGAUGGACGAGAUGGUAGGCGAGCCGCCCGGACCGCCGCCCGACCCGUGUCUCGGCCACCGGUGCAAGCACGACAGCAAAUGUCUGGCGACGAGCAACGGCGAGUACAUGUGCCGGUGCAGGCCCGGCUUCAGGGGCAAAUACUGCGAGCAAGGCGAGGACGAACCUCCGACGUGUAGGAAGGAGCAGGUGCGCGAGUACUACUCGGAAAACGGGUGCAGGUCGAGGAAGCCGUUGAAAAUGUCCAAGUGCGUGGGCGCGUGCGGCGCGUCGUCCGGCUGCUGCCACGCGCGCAAGAGCAAACGGCGAAAGGUGCGGCUCAUAUGUUCCGACGGCACCCGCUACACGAAAGACGUCGACGUGGUGCGCAGAUGCGCGUGCACCAGGAAAUGCUACUGACUGACACAAGCCGCUAUUCACACUUCUAACGGAAGCCGCGCGGACUCCCGCGACCUGCCCCGAACCGCCCCAGUCGUGCAGUCGCCGCCUCCCACCCCGUACCGCCUGACGUUCGUCGUGCGCAACGACACCGCGCCCAAGAACUACGACGGCCUCGUCGUCCAAACGUUCGACGAGCUCGAGGAUGGGGGCGGCGAGGACGCGAAACUAGUCGCGGUCCACGACACCAAAUGCAUGUUGUCCGCCUUCCUCUACUUCGUCACCAUCACGUCGUUCGUGUACCUCGCGGUGCUGUGGAUCAAGCAGCGGGUGCACGUGCACAUGGAACAGAUGCAGUGGUGGUAGACUUUGUGUUUCGUUUGCAACGCGCUUAACUUGUUCUUUUUCCGCUGCCGCCCCACGCCCCUCGGUCCCCGUCCCGCCGCAUCGUUGUCUUUUCUUUUACGCUUAGAUCGACGAUAUUAUCCCGCAAACUCUAUAUAUAUAUUUAUAUUUAUCUGUAGGGAUGGAUAUUUAUUAUGUAAACGCAACUAUGAGAGUUCAAACUGGAGCCAGCAAACAAAAGAGAAAAAAAACCACACACUGAAACGAACACACGCGACGUUAGAAAUGUGACUAGUGGCGCUGUCUAUGUAUCGAAAGAAACCCCGUAACCCUUGCCGACGCAAGGUCCAAACGACCCCUAUAGGCUAUAACUUGUACUGUGUAAAACACUAUUAUUAUUACUACUACUAUAUUAUUGUUUUGUGUUACGAGGAACGAAUAGUAUUUAUAAUUUAUUAGCGGCCGUGUCGGUCGUUACGGCCGGAACGAACGUUCCCUGUAUACCCGACUGCAUUUUAAACUAAAAAUACGUGUAUAUAUUAUAUAUUAAAGAAAAAUUGUAUGGGCGCGCCAGACCCGCAAAGAACCAACCGAAGCUGAUAAAGUCAAUUCCCGAAACGCCAUGUCCCCACUCCACCGACACCUUUUACUUUUGGGCGUCUCGCGCGCCACCUAGACCCUAAGUCCGACUUCGCAGUAGGUACCGCCGCAUUUUUGAGUUUCUCUUUACGAAAAAAUCGUCGAAAAUCAAAAAUUUACCCAUAACGGAACCUAUCGUAACAAUUUGCAUCGAUUCUUGUUAGCAAUCAUCGGAACGACCUGUUGUAAUUAGACUUUCUCCCAUUAAGCGUCUAAGGAAUAAACAACUAUUAUCAUACACCCCAUCACCCUAAACGUAAAUGUUUUUAAGAGAUUUUAUUUAUACCUACGUGUAAUGAUUUUUAUUAUCUCAAAAACUGUGUAUAAAAAAACAAAAAACAAAUAUAUUGAAUUUAUCUUGA